AUGCAACAAGCCGAGGUCUCGGUGUUCGCGAGCUUAGUGAAAUCCUGCGGCAACUUCAAGGAUCUAAAGCAGGGAAGACACAUCCACUCCCAGAUCUUGCAAUGGCCGUAUUGCCAGAAGAACGUUUUUCUAUCAAAUCUUCUGGUGGAGAUGUACGGCAAGUGCGGGAGCAUCAAGGACGCGCAAAUGGUGUUCGAUGGCACAGCUCCACGCAACGAAUUCUCGUGGACAAUCAUGAUCACCGCAUAUGCCCAGAAUGGGUAUCUAUCAGAAUCACGCAGAGUGUUCGACUUGAUGCCCGCCGCAAAUGUUGUCUCGGCCACCGCAAUGAUCACUGCCUACAAUCAGUACGCCUAUCUCCGAGAGGCAAGAGAGAUUUUCGAUGUGAUGCCUACGAAGAAUCUCGUUACUGGGAACGCAAUGGUGGCGGCAUAUGCCCAGUGUGGGGAUCACAAAGGCGCUAGGGAGUUUUUUCAUGGGAUGCCCAUUCGGGACGUGAUCUCGUGGACGUCGCUCGUUGCCAUGUACGCGGAGGAAGGCAGCGUGGAGGAAUCGAAGCAUGUUUUCGAUCGGAUGCCGCAGUGGAAUGUGGUGACGAUGAAUGCGAUCAUCCAAGCCUAUGCAGAGAGUGGCCGGAUUGCCGAUGCAGGCAAGCUCUUUCACGAGAUGCCGGAGCACAACGUUGUCUCCUGGACAGCCAUGGUCACCUCGUAUGCCCAGGAUGGGUAUCUGGAAGACGCUAAGGCUAUGUUUGCGAAGAUUCCCCAGUGGAGCUCCAUCACUUGGAAUGGGAUGAUCGCGGGAUAUGCCCAUAAGGGGUAUCUACAGAAUGCAAAGGGAUACUUUGACGAGAUGCCCGAGCAGGAUCAAGUUUCGUGGACAACAAUGGCGGCUGCUUAUGGCGAUUGUGGGCUUGUCAACAGCGCCAAGAGCGUGUUUGAUUCUAUGCCCCUUCACAACGUUGUUGCCUGGAGCACCAUGGUGGAGGCGUAUGCCCACAAUGGCUGCUUGGAUCAAGCAGGCAGCGUCUUUGCAAGAAUGCCGAAGAGAAACCUUGUGUCAUGGAAUUUGAUGAUCGUAUACGCGCAAAAGAAGCACUUGGAGGAAGCAAAAUCGCUGUUUGAGGCUAUGCCGCAGAGGAACGUUGUGUCGUGGACGGCUCUGCUCGAUAUACAUGCGCAAAACGGGCAUCUGGUGCUUGUAAAGGAGAUUUUUGAUCGGAUGCCGCAGUGGGAUGUUGUCGCAUGGACCGCUCUCGCAGGAGCCUAUGCUGUUAGCGGGAGCGUCGAUCGAGCAAAAGAACUCUUUGAGAGAAUGCCUGGACAGAGCUUGGUCACCUGGUCGUGUAUGAUAGCAUCCUAUGCCCAAAAUGGGCAUUGCAACGAGGCUCUGGAGCUCUACCAUUUGAUGAACCUUGGAGGAAUUCCUGUUGACGAUGUGGCCUUCAUCGGGAUUCUCGGCGCUUGCAGCCAUGGCGGCCUCGUCGAGAUUGGAAAGCACCACUUUGUAUCGAUGUGCACGGAUCACUGGAUUGCGCCAUUGGUGGAUCACUACUGCUGCAUUGUGGACGCGUUUGGGAGGAGCGGCCGCGUGAGAGAGGCCCAGGAGCUCCUCGAGAGCAUGCCCUUUCUUCCCGACGGUGUGGCGUGGACGAUCGUGCUGGGUGCGUGUAGAAUGCACGGGGAUGUCGAGAGAGGGGAGUAUGCUGCCGAUCAGAUUGUCAAGCUCCAGCCCGCGAGAUCUUCGUGCUACCAGCUGCUAUCAAACGCUUACAAGCAAAGAUCCAGCAAGAGGUGA